UAAGAGGGUUUGGAAAUCUGAAAAGCGAAUUCUGGCUCGGAAACGACAAUCUUCACCGUUUGACAGCCGCAGAUGGCGUCAUGUUGAGAGUUGACCUGGAAGACUUUGAUGAGAACAUUAAGUACGCUGAGUACACGACUUUUAAGGUGGCAGGCGAGGCAGAUAAGUACAGGCUUUUAACUGGAGGAUACAGUGGAACGGCUGGGGACUCUAUGGCACCACAAAACCAAAUGCAGUUUUCCACGAAAGAUCAAGAUAGUGAUCUAUAUAGUGCCAGCUGUUCCCAACUCUUCAAGGGGGCGUGGUGGUACAGUAACUGUCAUGCUUCCAAUCUGAACGGAUUGUACCUCAAUGGCCGACAUGCCUCUUAUGCUAAUGGCGUCAACUGGAACACAUUCAGGGGUUAUUACUAUUCACUAAAACGCACUGAGAUGAAAAUAAAAACCAAGGAAUAAGACAGUUUCGCAGGAUGACAAAUGCAUGAUUUUACGUAUGGCGACAUAAUUGAAACGAUCUUUUUCUCAUAGCUUUAGUGGAUCAAUCUUGACCGACUGAUAGAUUUAGCAAAGCAGAUAUAUGGCAUAAGCUGUAGUUGUCAUUCCCUUGGGUGUGCGCCGACGAUGGUUUCGGUGUCCCGUUCGCAUCCUUCCCUAGUAGGCUUCAAGUUACUUAGUUAUAUUUCGUAAUCGUUCUUCUCCGGCGACCAAUAUUCAUGAUUUAUUCAUUUUAUUUAAUUCACUUAGUGUGUGUUACCGAAUUAGAUUUUUAAAGAAAGUUUCAAGUUAUUGAUCGGCUUAAGCUCACACACAAGUCCCCAGCAACAAGGUUGUGCUAGCUUUUAUCUAGAGAGACAAUGAACAUGGACGAAAUGUGUGUUAACUUAUUCAGGCUUCAGUUUAGACUAAACUCUGUGUUUUGUGAAUCAAAGUUUCAAACCAAGCAGUCAAAUAUUCCUGGAUCUGUUGUGUAUCUUUUUAAGCCAACAACUUUGGGACGUUUCUUUACAAUUGGAGCGGAAAUCA